AUGAGUGGCCGAGACCGUCCCCGCGGGCCUCCGCCAGGCCCGCUACCACCUCGUGGGGAUAUGCAAUCUGAUUCGGGUUCUAGCCCGAGCACCAUGACAAGAGGGGCCGCCUUCGAGGACGAGAAGAAGCGUAUCAUUCAUAGUUGUUUCGCAAAAAAGGAUGAAGAUGGUCUUUUGCUCGAAUCCUACAUAACACACGUCCGCAUCACCGAGGAUUCAGCGCAUCCCUCCAGCCCUUCCCCACCAAACGGGCCACCGGAGAACAAGAAACCCCGUAUCAUUAUCAUAUCUGUUCGAAAGUCAGGUAGAGUCCGCAUACACAAAGCUCGAGAGAACAAUGAAGGGACUUUCUCUAUCGGCAAAACUUGGAUGCUCGACGAUUUAAGCGGAAUUCAAUCAUUUGCGUCUUUUGUGCCGAGAACACCAGGAGAGCAGCAACAAAAGGAAUGGGCGGGCAAUGUAGGAUUCACAGUCACAAUUGGAAAGCCAUAUUACUGGCAUGCCAGGACUUCUAAGGAAAAGGAGUUCUUCAUCGGCAGCCUGGUCAAGAUCUACAGGAAAUACACCAAUGGAAAAUUCCCCAACCUCAUUGGUUUUGAUGACAAGGAGCGACAAAUUCUGUCAGUGCAUGGGCAAUCGGCACAACCAGGACAGCCAGCGCAACUAGCGCAACCAGGUGGGCCUUCAAGUGGUCCACCGUCAAGGGGACCGCCAGCACCACCGACACAACCAAAGGCUCCUUCAAAUGCUCCACCGUCAAGGGGGCCAGGUCCAAUUCCUUCAACAUCGGGGAGCCCGAUGCCUCCUUCGCUACAGCCGUCAUAUAGAGGUCGUGAUGCUAGUCGCGAUGCGCAUCGGGAUGUCAAAAGGAAGCCUUCCGAAGACCCCACACUUCGCACCCAAAGGAGCCAUGAGCAGAUGUCUCGGCCGUCGACCGGUUCUCGGCCAUCUACAGGACAAGGCAGAUCGGCACCGUCCCCCUUUGAUCUACACAAAUCUCCUCCAGCGUCACUCCUUUCUGGGCCACCUCUGGACCAGCAACCACCGCCACGCCCAGCCGAGCGUAGCGCAGCAAACGCAAAACACCCAAGUUCACAAUCGGAGCCCAGUGGAACAGAUAAUCUGACUGCUGCAGCGCAAGCCAACAGCUAUGCCGGUAUUCCAGAGUCACUCCGCCCAUAUUCUGCUCCCAAACCCCCACCUCUUGCUACCCAGCCAGCCCAGAAUAAGGCACCAGAAUUCAUACGCAGCAAUGAUGGACUUCGUCCUACCACUUCUGGUUCUUCCAAUAAUGAGAGUAGAGACACAGCCCCACGUCCCACGCCCAGCUUUGGGGCAAGGUCGCCCCAACGUAGUGGCGGGGAGAAGGCAUUCACGUUUAAUCCGCCCUCUUUGCCUCAAGAGAAAAGUGCAUCAGAUACCUUGUUAUCUGGACCUUCCGCACAGCCGCGGGAACCAUCUUCAUCACCAGCAAUCGAGGGACUGGCUUCAGAGCCUGCUGCUAUUAUGGCGGCGAAUCUGCCCUCGCCAGAGCCUACUCAAGCUUCCAAUGAAAAGCCCAAGACCCCUAUCGAAACUGUUCCUGCCGCGGACUCGCCAUCUCAAGCUUCCCCGGAACAGGUUGAAGAAACUGGCGAAUUCGAGCCGCAUCGCCCAGGGCUCGGCCCUAUGGUCAAGAAAAAGGAAGGCAAAGACAUCGCAGGCGCCUGGAAAAAGGCUGCAAAUGCUUAUGCUGGUUUCAAGCCCAGGGUUGGUGGGGCUGGUGAGCGGCUGCUGGCAGCCUCGAAGAAGACACAGACUGAUGUUGCGGGACCUGAUGGUAUCACCAGCGUUGUUCCGGCACCGUCCCUCUCCCGGUCGGCAACUGAUCCCCCGCAGAGUCCAGUGGUAACAAAGUCGGAACAAGAUCUACAACUCCCGGUUCCUGCUGCGGAGCCGGAGACACCAACCGUCGAGAUUACAGAGCCAGUACCCGAGGAGAUCGCAGCUGCCCCAGUUCAAACUCCUGAGAUCUCACGGGAGAACCUCUCUGAUGUUGUUAUAAAGGUUGAAGAUCGUUCAAGAUCGCCAUCCCCGGCAACUCAAGGACGUCGUCGCAGACGCCAUGAAGACCACACUAUGAAAUAUUGCCAGGCCCUUGGAAUCGAUCCCACCAUUCUCGACGGACGUGGUAUUGAUUUUGACGACAUCCUAACUGAUUUGGGCUGGAACGGACGGUUGGCCGAUGAACAGAAGAUUGAGGAUCUAGAAGCAGAUGUUCGCCGUGAAAUUGGCCGUGUCGAGGCCACUAGCUGGCUUGGCAACCUUGAACAACAGGAAGGAAAGGUGGAACAACUUGCGAGCUUGAUCGAUAGGACGAUUGAGGAGUGUGAUGAGCUGGAUGGUCUUUUAACCCUUUACUCUCAUGAACUGAAUACUCUUCAUGAGGAUGUCGCCUACAUUGAAGCCCAAGGUCAAGGUCUUCAAGUACAAACAGCAAAUCAGAAGCUCCUGCAAAACGAACUCCAAACACUAUUGAAGACACUUUCAAUAUCUUCAUCCGAGCUGGGACCCCUCAAGGAAGCCUCUUUGAGCAACCCCGAUGGGUUGAAGGAUACUGAAGACGCUCUAGCGACGUUGUACAAGGCCAUGCUCACGAUCGACUCUGACAUUGGGCAAAACAAGAAGCGUCAAGUCGACGCAAGUGUCGGUGUCUAUGCUGAUACAGAAAUCGGCCAGAUGCGUGCGAUAAAGCAAAAGAAGGAAGAGUAUCGCUCUACUGCAACCAUGUUCCUCAACCGACUGCAGCAGUUCAUGGCCCUUGCCUUCAAAAUGGCAGAACAAAAACGCGUUGAUUGGACCAACGGCGGUGCCAAGGAUGCGAUGAAAUUGGACAGUGCCGCACGAGGACACUUCCGUCAAGAGAUCUGGCGGUACAAUGCCCUGAUGCUGUUUGCCAAGGAGGUUAGCACGGCAGAAUGGCGUAGGCUUGUCGGCCUCUAUGAGCAGCAGUCCAAGCCUUCGUACCAGGGCGACUUCCGCGAUAAUAAUCUGGCCUGGAAGAAGACCGCGCGCAAACCAACGGGAGAUGAGCAGGAACUCCUCUUCACACACCAAGAGAAAGAGAAAGAAGCCGAGGGUCUCACCAUGGCUGCACGGAAACUGACUGUGCGACGAGGCAAGACGGUGCGGGCUGCCGCUGGGCUUCGACUAGCUUCGGGCGGCGCGAAGAAGCAAGGAAAGGCUGAGCCAUCUGAGGCAUUUGCUGGGACUCUGCGGGAGACAUUGAAUAUGAUGGCUCAGGAGCAGAACUUCGUCGUCCAAUUCUUCCAUCUCAAUUCUCUUGCCAGCGUCGAUUUCCCCGAUCUGGUGUCUGCGGCCAUCCCCGAAAACCGCACUUGUCCUGAUUUCUCUGCCAACCAGCCACAUGAUCCUGACCGGGGAAUGGCAAAGAGAGUCGAGCAGAUUAUGGAUGAGAUUUACUCAUUCUGGCCGAAUGAUAUGCAGAGCAUGGUGGACUGGGCGAUGCAAGCUGAUCCUCUCCAAGGAAUCGGUAUUCUCCAUGCCUUGGAGACUGCCAUGAAUGACUUUGAUGACACGAACCAAGAGUUCAUUCUGCAUGCACUGCAGAAAAUCCAUUCUCGCUUAAUGGGAUUGUUCAACCGAUUUGUAGAUGAGCAAAUCCGAGGUAUUGAGGAUACCAAGGUCAAGGUGAACAAGCGGAAGGGAGUAAUUUCCUUCAUGCGGGUGUUCCCCAGCUUCUCCAAUGCGGUAGAAACCAUGCUAUCAUCCCCGUCUGGUGCCUUCUGCGACAUUCGCGUUAGCGUCAAUGACGCGUACGACCGCAUCAACCGUGCGAUGUGGGAGUCACUCAAGUUCAUUGCCAAGGAAGCACCCGGCCAACCUCCGGGUGUCACUGCGGGUGCGGGUGAUCCGGAAGACAAGGAGAUCCUGAAUUACCACAUCCUCCUCAUCGAGAACAUGAACCACUACAUUGAGGAAGUAGAUGUACACAACAUCCCCGCACUUGAACGCUGGACCGAUCGGGCCCACCAAGACUUCCAGGAGCACAUGAAGCUCUACCUCAACGCCGUCAUUCACCGCCCACUGGGUAAACUGAUUGAUUUCGUGCAGUCAAUUGACAACCUCCUCGCUGCGGGCAGUAACCCGACCGAUAUCGCUGCCCGCGCCAGCCACUCCCGCAUUAUUGCGAAGAAGGUUCUCGCCUCCUACGAUAACAAGGAAAUCCGCCGUGGCAUCGAAAUGCUUAAGAAGCGUGUGGAGAAGCACUUUGGUGAUGCCGAUGAUCCCGGUCUUAGUCGUAGCCUUGUUGUCAAGGUGCUACGGGAGUGCGAGAAUCGGUAUGAGAAUACUUAUGACCGUACCCGACAGAUUAUUGAAGAUGUCUAUGAGGGUCAAUUGGAUUUGGACUGGCGCAAGGAAGAGACCCUUAGCAUGUUCCGGAAAUGA